GCCGCCCCCCUUGGUGUCUUACCGCCGUGACUAUAACACGCCGCGGGAAUGACCUCCAAACUUUAAGUUCCCAGUCUCCGAGCCCGAGGUCGGACCGUGGAACGGACAUAAUCCGUGAAACCAUUGACGCGCUUAGCAAGGAUCACAAAACUUAGAUCUGUCAAAGUGGCCAUAAACUUUCUUAUAACCUCAACCGUCCACCUCAACAACCCUCGGUCUGGCAACUAUACCCCUCCUCCCAGAACUUACAAUGCUGCCUCUCGGUCCCUCCAAAGAUGGUCUCCGCUAUGACCUGUCAAGUCCAACCGCCAUGCCCAACGCAGGCGGCUUCCUCUGGAACCAGAAAAUGAUGAUCCAGAUCACCUGUCGCGGCUAUGCCACUGCACAGUUCAUGCAGCCCGAGCCGGCAAAGUACGCUCAUGCGCCCAAUCUGGAAGCCAAAACCUUCAUGCAGCCAGAACAAGACUACUAUUCACAUCACCCCGGCCGCUUCGUCUAUAUUAAGGACGAGGAGACGGACCAGCUGUUCUCCGCACCGUAUGAGCCUGUGCGCGGGCUUGUGGACAAGUUCUUGUUCUCAGCGGGCAAAAGCGAUAUUGUGUGGACGGUGGAGAAGUUGGGGAUUCGUGUGGAGAUGACGUUGGGCUUGCCCACGCAGGACGUGGUGGAGAUGUGGACGGUGAAGGUGACCAAUCUGUCCGGCCGUCCGCGCAAGAUCAGCGUCUACCCAUAUUUCCCAUUCGGCAAUAUGUCGUGGAUGAACCAGUCUGCAGAAUACCGUCCGGACCUGGGAGCCGUGGUGGGGACCAGCAUCACGCCUUAUCAAAAGGCGGAAGACUACUUCAAGAACAAGUUACUGAAGGAUAAAACUUACUUCCUGUGCGAGACGCCGCCCAACUCGUGGGAAACAGUGCAGAAGGUGUUUGAAGGCGAGGGCGGUCUACAUGCCCCCUCGGCGGUGAUGAAGCCAGAGCUGGGCGGUGGUGAUGCGCGGUAUGAAACACCCUCUGCUGCCGUGCAGUACCGCGAGACUCUGGAAGCCGAUGGCGAGCGUGAAUACCGUUUCCUUUUCGGGCCCGCGCUGGACGAUGCUGAGAUCCGCUCUAUGCGUGAGAAAUACUUGAGCAAAGAAGGAUUUUCUCAGGCCGCGAGCGACUAUGCCCGGUAUAUCGAGCUGGGGCGGGGUUGUCUGCAAAUCGAAACCCCAGAUAAAGAUCUGGACAACUUCGUCAACAACUGGCUGCCCCGUCAGGUGUAUUAUCACGGAGACGUGAACCGCCUGACCACGGACCCGCAAACGCGCAAUUAUCUCCAAGACAACAUGGGCAUGAACUUUCUCAAACCCGAAGUGGCACGCAAAGCUUUUAUGAUUUCGCUUGCUCAGCAAGACCUCGAUGGCGGGAUGCCAGACGGGAUCCUGUUGGCCGAAGGCGCGGAACUCAAGUAUAUCAACCAGGUCCCACACACGGAUCAUUGCGUAUGGUUGGCGGUUGCGCUGGAUUUGUAUCUUGCCGAGACAGCCGACUACGCCCUGCUUGAUGAGCAGAUUCCCGGCAUGCAUGGCGACAAUUACACUGCGUUUGAGCGAUUCGGCCGCUCAAUGGAUUGGUUGCUGGCAGCGCGCGAUGAGCGUGGUCUGAGCUACAUCGCUCAGGGUGAUUGGUGCGACCCUAUGAAUAUGGUAGGUUACAAGGGGAAGGGAGUAUCAGGAUGGUUGACGCUGGCCACCGCCUACGCGGUGAAUCUGUGGGCUACCGUUUGCGAACAGCAAGGCAAGUCUGAGCUCGCGACGAGCUACCGCGCCAGCGCAGAGGAAGUCAACGCAGCUGCCAACAAGUAUAUGUGGGAUGGGGACUGGUUUUCACGCGGCAUCACGGACGACGGCGUAGUCUUUGGGACCAAGGAAGACAAGGAAGGCCGCAUCUGGCUCAACCCGCAAGCAUGGUCCAUUCUCAGCGGCGCAGCCAGCGUCGAGCAGCGCGAAAAGAUGCUGCCACAGGUGGAUGAGCAGCUGAGCACACCGUAUGGUGUUGUCAUGUUUGCUCCCCCAUUCAGCGGUAUGCGCGAGGACGUGGGACGCGUGACGCAGAAGCACGCUGGGUCUGCGGAAAAUGGCUCCGUGUACAACCACGCGGCCGUCUUCUACAUUUACAGUCUAUACGGCAUCGGCGAGAAGGACCGCGCUUACAAGCUACUACGGCAGAUGAUCCCUGGGCCAACUGAAGAGGAUUAUUUACAGCGCGGGCAGCUCCCCGUGUUCAUCCCUAACUAUUACCGUGGCGCCUGGAAGGAGUUCCCAAGAACUGCGGGGAGGUCAAGUCAGUUGUUCAACACGGGUACAGUGUCGUGGGCUUACCGCUGUUUUGUCGAGGGCCUGUGCGGUCUGCGUGGUGAUGCGGAGGGGUUGUGCAUCGAGCCGCAGUUGCCAUCUGCAUGGGAUGCUAUCAAGGUGACACGUCUGUUUAGAGGCGCCACGUUUGUUUUGGAUAUCCGCCGCUCAAGCGAGGUGAAGGAAGUAAGGGUUACGCAAGGGGAGAAGGUCUUGCCAGAGGCGAGGAUUAGGAAUAUUCAGGCAGGCGAGAUUUAUGAGCUGUCGGUUCUCGUGCCGCAGUGAUAUGUGAUAUGUUGACGCCAACAUAUCGAUUGAUACCAAUCAACCACUGUGGUGCGACGGGAGUGCAAGGCUCUCACGAGAGGAGAGAAAGCGAGACUAGUUCGUUGGCUGAUGAGGGUAGCCCAUGUUGUUCGGGCGUACGUGUAUGAUACUUGAAUUACACGAUAAAGGGCGGGUUUUGUGAGAUGGCUAUUGCGAGAUGGGUUUUUCGAGAUGGGCUUCGAGAGGUAUAUAGAGAGAGAGCAAUGCGUAAAGUUUAUUUAUCAUCCUUGUUUAUUUUUCAACAUUUCGACCAUUUGCGAGAUGGAUUUUGCGAGAUGGGCCAUCGCGA